AUGGAUCGAAUAAAGCGUAUGGCUCAGGAGGAACUGCGCAAUUUCCUGGCGCUGGCUAAAGAUGGCUUGCGGUCUGGCGCAUACAUCUACCCUUUCCAGGGCAUCGCCUACUUCUUAUCUCACCCAUCUCUAUACAAGCCAAUGCUAUCCAAACUCGCACCAACAUUAUCACUAACCCUCGCUGUGACCGGAGCCAUGUUCUUCUUCACAUAUAUACCCCAAGCAGCGAUACUAGCUCUAACAUCCGGCCCCCUCAUAGCACCAUUCUCAGCAGCACUGUUAGUCCUUAGUGAAAGCUCGACUAUAAUAUCCUACCUCGCAAAAUCAGGAUAUAUAUUCGACCAAGAUACCCUGCUCAACCUGUUUGACGGAACACUACUUGCAUGCGGCAACACACAAUUGGUAGCCAAGGACCGCAAAAUAAAACCAGCUUCUGAUCCAAUGGCGCGGCUGGGGCAUUUUAUCAAGAAAGGCGGUGGUUCGCUGAUGAAUGCAAUGAGCUUGUCGAAUGCGUUUAGAUCGCUGUUGUACUUGCCGCUCAAUUUCAUACCGGUUGUGGGGACAUUGAUGUACAUUGGGGCCCAGGGGACGAGAAUUGGACCCAUGCUACAUGCUAGAUAUUUUUAUCUGAAGGGAUGGGGUGCGAAGGAACGGGAUGAAUGGCUUGGUAGGAAUAGAGGUGCAUAUGCAAGCUUCGGUGCUACCGCCUUUGUGCUGGAGAUGAUACCCUUCGCAUCUCUGUUUUUCACGUAUACAAACACCGUUGGAGCCGCUCUCUGGGCCGCCAGAAUCGAGAAAACUUUUGCCAGCCCUAGCCUCCGUGGAGCCACUGAAAUGAAAUCGAUGUGA